AAUUCAAUUAUUUUAUUGGCCCAAAAAGUAGAGAACCACCAUUGUGCAGUGGGACACUAGGGUAAGAGGCCUGAUCAUGAUGGGUGAUAAAGGAUUUCUUCCCGCAGAAUAAGUGUUUUGACGUUGUCUUGGUUCUGGAAUUAGCUAGAUGUUUGUUCUCUCUAAAUUGAACUUAGUAUGUGUUUUUCGUAAAAACACGUGAGUAGUUAUUUUUACCCAAGACAGCAAGGAUUUUGAUUGGCCUGCAGAAAUGUGUGUUCUGGAGAAUUUCGGCGACAAAACCAUCUCCGAUGGGAUUGAGUGGUUGGAAAGAUACAACACCAGAAUCUUAAAAGACGCUAAACCUAUUUGUUUUCAACUCAGAAUCAGAGUUUAUCGCACCAACGAUGGCUGUCACAGUCAAAACCAUGGCUCUCGUUAUUUCGUUCUUCGGUGUCGUCUCUUUCAUUCUCGGUGUUAUUGCCGAAAACAAGAAGCCUGCAGCUGGAACCCCGGUACCUGGCAAGGGUGUUGUCACCUGCAAGUUCCCAGCUGAUCCAACAGUCGCAUUGGGCUACCUUUCCUUUGCAUUUUUCAUUGUAUCCAAUGUGGCCGGAUUCAUGUCACUCUUCUAUCCUUACAAGGGAAAGUCUGUUCCACAAGGUGUUCUAUUUAAGAGCACUAGCUUCUUGGUAUUUUUCAACAUUGCAGUGUUCACGACUGGACUAGCUGCAGCUAUGUUGUUAUGGCCGACGAUCACUGAACAGAUGCACCUUCAGCGAAACGUACACAAUGAUCUCUCCUACACUUGUCCGACUGCUAAAACCGGUCUCCUUGGAGGCGGUGCAUUUCUAUCGCUUGAUUCUUCUCUCUUUUGGCUGAUUGCCCUUAUGCUAGCUGGCAACGCUCGUGAAGAUUUCUUGGAUGAAGAAGAUAAGGGAGGGGAACUCUCCUCAACUGCUUAGGUGCAUGUUAAUGGUGAUAGAGGAAGAAUUAUAUCUGUAUAUGUAUGCAGAUUUAGGUACUUUAAUGUGACGAUGCAGAUUUUUCAACUUUUGUUUCCCCAAGCAGGAAAUUAAAAUCAGAUGAUAAUUAGUUUAAUUAAUUUCUAAUAAUUUUAAAUUUUGAAUUUAAAAAAAAUAAGGAUUUGCAAAUGGUGAUUACGUGA